AGCUUAGUAAUUAAAUCCACUAUUUACAGUAAAUCUCGUUUAGCUAAUCGCAAGAGUUGAACAGUCCAGACGACGUCAUAAAUGAAAGCUUAAGCUACGAUAAACAUUUUAUCACGAUUUUCACAAGAAUUACGUACAUAAAUGAAUUGGGUCAGACAUCGGCAACGCUUUUACAUUGCGAUGGCUGACAUUCAUUGCUUCGUUCUCAUAGUCUUGCUGGUUUUGUGUGCGUUCUCCAGCGUUUCUGGCAACAUAGGAAAAUGUGAAAAGCUCAAAAUACCUAUGUGCCAAGGCCUUGGCUACAACUUCACUUACGUGCCAAACAUAUUCAACCUCACACAGGAAGAGGCAGCGCUUGAAGUUCAUCAAUUCUGGCCGCUGGUUGAGAUAAAAUGUUCCACAGAUCUGAAAGUCUUCCUCUGUGCUAUGUAUGCUCCUGCCUGCCAGCCAAAUGUCAAAACAGAAGUUCCACCAUGUCGGUCGCUUUGUGAACGGGUGAGAAAAGGUUGUGCACGUUUUCUGCGUCAGUACGGCUAUUCGUGGCCUAAACGUAUGAAAUGCAAAAAGUUUCCUCAACUUGAUGGAAAAAAGCCAUGCAUUGCAGGAAACAGAAUUGUAGCGAAUGGAACUCAUCCGGUGCAUGUUCUUCCCACGAAAACAUCCCCUGUUAGAAAAUGUGAGAGGAUAAAGAUACCUAUGUGUCAAAGCAUCGGUUACAACUUCACUUAUAUGCCAAACAUGUUUAACCACAGAACACAGAAAGAAGCGGCAGAUGAAGUUCGUCAAUUCUGGCCGCUGGUUAAAGUCAAGUGUUCACCAGAUUUAAGGGUCUUUCUGUGCUCCUUGUAUGCUCCUAUAUGUCAGCCGAAUUUUAACAAAGAAAUUCCUCCAUGUCGUUCGCUGUGUAUACGGGCAAAAGAAGGCUGUGAGCCUCUCAUGCGUCGGUACGGGUUUACGUGGCCAAAGAGAAUGAAAUGCGAAACGUUUCCGAAAUUUGGCAACAAGGCGUGCAUAGGACGCAUGGCACUUUCAACUACAGCAUCACCUCUUCCUCCGGUCGCUCUUCUUCCAACGAAAACUUUGACCGCAACAAAGAAAUGUGAAAAGAUCAAAAUACCUUUCUGCCAAGGUAUUGGCUACAACUAUACCUCACUGCCAAACAUCAAAGAAGAAGAUGCCGUUGAUUUGCAACAGUUCAGGCCGCUAUUUGGGUCUAAGUGUUCGCCAGAUCUGAAGCGCUUUCUUUGCUCCAUGUAUGCUCCUGAAUGUCCACCGAAAGUCACAGACCCACUUCCUCCAUGUCGUUCAACUUGCAAACAAGCGAGGAGAGGCUGUGCUCCUUUUAUGCGCUUGUAUCGCGUUCGUUGGCCCAAGAAAAUGAGAUGCAAAAAUUUUCCAAAGGCUGGAGGCAAGAAGUCCUGCAUAGACCCGAAGGGGAAUGCACACAAGGGAUCAUAAACAAUCUCUAAGUCUGCUGCUUCUUCCAAAGCCAAUCUAAAAAGCAAAAGACUAGCCUUUCGGCUGGAACAUUUGAACUCCAUUUUCUAGUAUUAGCCGUCAUUUACAUGAUAUCAUCAGUGAUAUAUCGUCAUAGCUUGCGUUAGAUUAUUAAAAAAAAAUGAUAAAAACAAGUUAGGCAGUAAUGAUGACGCAGUCAUAAGUGAGCCCUAUUAGAACUUCAAACUUUUUGUCCAAACUCAAGGCAUUAAAGAAUUCUCCUUUUGUUUCCUCAAAAGAUGUGCGAUCUUUAAGUCUAGAAUAGAAACACAUUAAUUCUUCUAUCAGGUAAAAGUAAAUAUAACUGUUUAGGUGGCGUGGUCUCGUCAGAAUCCUUUUUACAUUCGUUCAAGUUUUAUUUAACCUGUAGAAAUAAAAAUAUCACUAAUCUUUGCAAGAGCAGAUGUAAUCAUUGUUUUCUUGGAUCGAAAAGUGCAUAAAAAUUCAAUGGUA